AACCUCAUUUUUGGUUUGGUUUUUUUUUUUUUGGGCUCAAAAUCUGGUUUGUUUUGCUGCAAAACAAAAACCACGGAUUUCAUCACUUCUGUUUCUAUUUUCAUAUUCUUGAAAUUCUCCUCUCUCUCUCUCUCUCUCUCUCUCUCUCUCUCUCUCUGUGACCUCUGAGAUGGGGAAGGAAACGAGGGUUGAAUCGAAACCAAUAUUGUCAUUCCACAAAAACAACCAUGUAUUUGUGAAGUUUGCAGUCUGUUUUGUCUUAGUUGGUCUCGCUUUUCGACUCUUGUUUUCCGAUUCUGCACCUUCUAUCGGCUUAAAUUUACCAGUAGAGCCACCUUCUAUUGCAGCUGCAGACCAGCAAGAAACAGAGUCCUCCUCCUCCUCUGCUUCUGAUUCUUCUUUAUUUCCUGUCCAAACUCAAACCUCUACAGUUGUUGAUUUUCCUGGAAGUAACUCUCAAACAUAUGACAAUGUAAAGUGUGACCUUUUUACUGGAGAUUGGGUACCAGACCCAUCAGGUCCAAGAUACACUAACGAAAGCUGCCAUGUGAUGGAAUCUCAUCAGAAUUGUAUGAAGAACGGUCGCCCCGAUUCCGAGUACUUUUACUGGAGGUGGAAUCCAAGAGACUGUGAGCUACCCAAGUUCAAUCCGCAGAGUUUUCUUGCUACGAUGAGGAACAAAUCAUGGGCCUUCAUUGGCGAUUCGAUUUCGCGUAACCAUGUCCAGUCAUUGCUUUGCAUUCUCUCUCAGGUGGAGCAAGCUGUUGAAGUAUACCAUGACAAAGAAUACAGGUCCAAAAGAUGGCUUUUCCCCUCUUACAACUUCACCCUUUCGGUAAUUUGGACUCCGUUUCUCGUCAAAGCGGGUAUUUUCGAAGACAUGAAUGGAGUUUCUACUUCCGAAAUCCAGCUUUAUCUUGACGAGCUCGACAAGACAUGGACUGAUCAGUAUAGCAGCUUGGAUUAUGUGGUGAUUGCCGGAGGGAAAUGGUUCCUAAAGACUGCAAUUUACCAUGAAAACAACACGGUCAGCGGCUGCCAUUACUGUCCCGGAAAGAACUUGACAGAGUUAGGGUUUGAGUACGCAUAUCGCAAUGCCCUCCGUCUGGUUUUCAAUUUCAUCACCCGUUCGGAUCAUAAAGCGUUUGUUCUCUUGAGAACCACCACACCCGACCACUUUGAGAAUGGAGAGUGGUUCAGUGGGGGGUAUUGCAAUAGAUCAGUGCCAUUCAAAGAGGGUGAGGUUGAUAUAAGAGAUGUCGAUGAUGCAAUGCGAAAUAUCGAGCUGGAAGAAUUCGAGAAGGCUACAGCCGAAGGAUCGGAGAAGGGAGUAGACUUUAAACUACUGGACACAACCUACCUUUCACUACUGAGACCUGAUGGGCACCCAGGUCCAUACAGGCAGUUCCAGCCAUUUGCAAAGGAUAAGAAUGCCAAAGUUCAGAAUGAUUGCCUACAUUGGUGCUUGCCCGGGCCAAUAGACUCUUGGAAUGAUUUGGUUAUGGAAUUGUUGGUCAAUGGCGAAAAAUAUCGAUGAUCGAACGCCUGGCUUAUAAAGUCUUGCAGCUGUGGUUUGUCCUGUGAUCAAAUCUGUGCCUAAUACAACAGGCGCGACGCUGACCCGCAAUCCAUGAAAUGUAGAAAGGCUUUGCCAAGGAAAAAAGUGAAGUUGCAUGUAAACAUAUUUAUUCUUUUACAAUGUCAAAUUCUUUGGCCAAGCUGCAAAACUUCAUACCCUUUUGUAUUACCACAGAGCAUAUAUAUGAAACUACAAAUCUCACAGAAAAAUCCCAUUUCUGUAAAACUUAUGUACCUACCACUGCUGGAAAGAAGAACGCAAAACUCCACAUAAGUUCAUCGUUAAGAAGCUAUUUACGACUUACAGUUCUCCCUG